AAUGAAGAAAAGAAGAAAGAAAGGCUACUACUAAUAUAUACAGUGCGUGUGCAAGGACAAAGAAAAUUCGCUGCAGCUACAUUUGUGGAAAAAGCAAUGACUUUCCCCUCUUUUUAUUUCUUCCCCCCAACUCCCAUGUCCCAAUGCUACAAAUUACUUUCUCAAGUUUUAGACGUCAACCAUGGAUCGACGCCUUCUUGAAACCAUUCUAAUAGGGGAUAUACCAAACUUUCUCAACCUCAUUCAAGAAGAUGAACAUAUCAUUGAACAGACGGUUCCAAGAUCCCUGAACACAGUCUUACACUUGGCUUCUCGUUUUGGGCAUGUAGAAUUGGCGGCGGAGAUCGUUAGGUUGAGGCCGGAGAUGGUGGCGGCAGAGAAUGAGAAGUUGGAGACGCCAUUGCAUGAGGCUUGCAGGGAGGGGAGAGUGGAGAUUGUGAAGCUCUUGGUGGGGAUUGAUCCUUGGGUUGUUUAUAAGGUGAACAUGGAGGAAAAGAGCGCGCUGUUCGUGGCAUGCGAGAGAGGGAAGGUUGAUGUGGUUAAGCUCCUGUUGGAUUGUCCAUGGAUGCUGAUGUUGGAGGUGGAUGCGUCGAUUACUUCCCUUCAUGUUGCAGCUUCAGCUGGGCAUACAGAUGUGGCGAUGGAGAUUCUAAAGGCACGUCCGGAUUUUUCCUGGAAAAAAGACAUGUGUGGUUGCACGCCUUUACACCUCGCUUGCAGCAAAGGCCAUUUGGAGAUAACCCGACUGCUCCUAAGGUUGGACGCUGACCUCUCUUCCUUACAAGACAAUGAGGGCCGGACCCCGCUUCAUUGGGCUGUCAUCAAAGGCCGAGUGAAUAUCAUUGAUGAGAUUCUAUCCAUGAGCCUCGAGUCUGCUGACAUCAUAACCAAACAUGGAGAGACAGUUCUGCACCUAGCAGUGAAGAAUAACCAAUAUGAAGCUGUUCGGUACCUUGUGGACAAUCUCAACAUAACAAACCUGGUUAAUAUGCCUGAUAUUGAAGGCAACACUGUCUUGCAUAUAGCAACAGCUGGAAAACUUACUACGAUGGUAAUUUACCUUCUGAAGCUUGGUCUGGAUGUAAAUGCAAUAAACCGAAAAGGAUUCACUGCUAUGGACGUUAUUGAAUCAGAUGCAAGCAAUUCUGGUGCUCUUGCAAUAUUACCAGCAUUACAGGAAGCAGGGGCUAAAAGAUGUGACCAACUGCCUCCAGGUUCACCACAAAUUCAAUACGUACAGGAAAGCAGCCCAAAAAUUGUCCCUUCUAUGUUGGCAAAAAGGAAACCAGAGUCUCCUACACAACAACAAGGUCGCCGCCAACGUCAUCGCAGAGACAAGCAGCUGGAACUCCAAAAUGAAGGUUUACGCAAUGCGCGUAAUACUAUCACUGUGGUUGCAGUUUUAAUAGCCACCGUCACAUUUGCUGCAGGCAUUAACCCUCCAGGGGGGUUUGACCAAAGUACUGGAAAAAGCAUCAGAGGAAGACAGACUUCUUUUAAGGUCUUCAUGGUUUGCAACAUCGUGGCAUUGUUCUUGUCACUAGGCGUAGUCAUUUUCCUAGUUAGCAUUAUCCCGUUUCGGAGAAAAUCCAUGACGAAGUUACUGACAGUAACACAUAAGGUGAUGUGGGUGUCCACGUCAUUCAUGGCAGCAGCUUAUAUUGCCGCCACGUGGACUAUAAUGCCACGUGGAGCGGGUUCUGUAUGGGUGCUAGUGGCAGUGGUUUCCAUAGGGGGAGGGAGCACCAUGGCUAUAUUUACGGGCUUGGCGGUGCUAUUGGCUAGGCAUUUGCUUAGGAAAUGGGAAUGGAGAAAAAGGAAGGCAAAGAACGGAAGCCCGAGUAGCAGCAUUAGUCGAGUUGAAGAGAUGCAGAUAAUGAAGAAAGGUACCCACGACUCUACUAGCAAUUCAGAUAUCGACAGCUCUGAUCACGGAUUCCACCCUUACUAGAUAUUAGGUAAUUUUUGCAUGACUAGAUCGAUAGAGCUAUUAAUUUAUUUACUGAUCAUAAACUCUGAUGGAGGGGAUAUCAUCUGUAUAAUUAGGCUACAACAGUUAAAUAUUUAUGUGUAAUUAUAAACCCAAACGUAAAUUGUUACCAGUUCAUCAAUAUUUUUAGUUUCAGCUUUAGAUUUGAUAUCACUGAGAAAUGUUCCUAAGAUAUGACUCUUCGAUCUCAUAUUAACGACAACCAGGUUCUCUAAUUGUUUGAUUGGAUCAUUUAAUUUGAGCUACAAUAUAACUUGGGGGAACUUAUGAGAGCAUAUUGUGUGUGUAUAUAUAUAUAUAUAUAAAAUCGGGGAUUCUUUGACAGAUAAUGACAAGAGUGGAGUUUUUGUGGAUUAAUCGGUAUAGCUUUCGCAAAUGGAAAGUAAUUUUUUAUCAACAAAUUACUCUAUUUUAUAUCCAUAAAUGUUAGUAGUGAAAGGAACAAUUUGUUUGUAUUAUCUUGUUUUAAAGCCAGAUUGACCAGUGUUCUUUGACCAGUACAAGAAAAAAUAAGUCCGUGGUUGAUUACUUC